CAGCGCGCCCCGAGGCCUGGGCGGAAGCAGCCGGACGGGCGGGACGGGCAGGAGCGGAAGCGGCCGAGGGAGCGGAAGCAGCCACGGCGGAGGCGGCAAUGGCGGCAGCCGGGGUGGUGGAGCAGCGGCGGCGGCCGGGGCGGCUCUCAGCGCUCUCGGUGUACCGGCGAGCGGCUGAGGCUGGGGCCGGCCGGCUGGAGCGCCGCCGCCGCGGGCCGCCGCUGCCCGCAGGAGGGAAGCGGGCCAGGGCGCGAGCGAGGCGCGGCGCGGCGGGCAGCGGGGCGCAGGCGGAGGCCCCGCCGCCGGUGGCCCCGCCACCGGUGGCCGCCGCGCCCCUCAGCCCCGUGGCGCGGGCCAAGGCGCCGGGCGGGAGCCCUGAGGCGAAGCGGCAGCACGGCCCCGCGGCGAGCCCCGGCGGCCCGGCGGGGGAGGGCGGCGCGGCAGCGCUGCUGCGGAGGCUAGGGCAGGUGGCGGACAGCCGACGGCGGGCGGCCGAGCUGUUCCGGUGGCUGCUGGCGCCGGUGCGGCCCGAGGAGUUCGCGGUGCGGCGCUGGGAGCAGGCGCCGCUGCUGGUGCGGCGCGGUGACCCCGGGUACUACGCGGGGCUCUUCUCCACGGCAGACCUGGACGCGGCGCUGCGCAGCGGGGCGGUGCGGUUCGGCUCCCACCUGGACGUGACCAGCUACGCCGAGGGCGUGCGGGAGACCCACAACCCGAGCGGCCCCGCCCUGCCCGCCGUCGUCUGGGACUUCUACCAGAACGGGUGCUCCCUGCGGCUCCUGUGCCCCCAGGCCUUCUCCCCCACCGUGUGGCACCUCCUGUCCAUCCUGCAGGAACAUUUCGGGAGCAUGGCCGGGGCCAACGUGUACCUCACCCCGCCGGGGACACAGGGCUUUGCCCCGCACUAUGAUGACAUCGAGGCUUUCGUACUGCAGCUGGAGGGGAAGAAGCACUGGCGUGUCUACGGCCCCCGAUCAGACGCCGAGGUGCUGCCCCGGUUCUCGAGCCCAAACUUCACACAGGCUGAGCUUGGUGAGCCUGUGCUGGAGACGGUGCUGGAGCCCGGGGAUCUCCUGUACUUUCCCCGUGGCUUUAUCCACCAGGGUGACUGUCUCCCCGACGCACACUCGCUGCACAUCACCGUGUCUUCCUACCAGAGGAAUACCUGGGGUGACCUCCUGGAAAAGCUCCUCCCAGCUGCUCUGCAGAUGGCCUUGGAGGAAGAUGUGGAGUAUCGGAAAGGUCUUCCCAUGGACUACCUGAGGUACAUGGGGGUUGCCAACUCGGAUGCAGUUGACACUCUCCGAACAGCCUUCAUUGAGAAGGUGCAGAGCCUGAUAAAGAAACUUGUAGACUAUGCACCCAUUGAUGCUGCCGUGGAUCAGAGAGCCAAGUCAUUUCUUCAUGACUGUCUCCCCCCGGUGCUUACAGAAAGUGAAAAGGCGCGGAGCAUGUAUGGCUUCCCGGCCCGCUGGCAAGAUGGAGGCCCUCGUGAUGUCGAUAUACUGAUAACAAAAGACACAGAAGUUUGUCUCCUUAGCCAUGCCAUUGUUAGGUUGUGUAAUGAAGAAGCAGGUGUGAUGCUGUACUACACAACAGAAAAUUCAAGAGUGUAUCACGAAGAAGAGCCCAAGUUCCUUGAGAUUGAUCCUGAGUAUACAGACAGUAUUGAGUUUCUCCUCUCUUCCUAUCCAAACUAUGUCAGUGUGGGUACCCUGCCAUGUGAAACCUUGGAGGACAAGAUUUCUCUAACCACGCUCCUGUUUGAGAAGGGCAUUCUGACUACAAAGAAACCUCUGGUGGAAGUGUAACUCUUAUUUUUUUUUUUAAAAAAUAA